AUGGCCUCCUCCUCCAGCCAAAUCACCCACGGCUACUACAGCUUCCUCGGUGUCCCGAUGGAUGCCACGGACAGCGAGAUCCGUGAGGCGUACGUCCAGCUGUCGCGACUGUACCACCCGGACAAGGUCCUCGACGAGGACGACAAGGAGGUGGCCUCCGAGCAGUUCAUGCGGUUGCACCAUGUCUACCAGAGUGCGUCUGUGCAGCUGCUUUGCGCCUUCGAUGCGCGGCCCACGACCGACAAGCUCAGCCUCUUCCCAUCGGCCUUUUCGGACGGCACCAGCGUCGGCCGGGCGUCCCCCCUGCGCGUGGGCGUCCUGCAGAUCCCCGGCGAGGUGGUGGAGAUCAUGCAAGCCCUGCCGGCGGUGACCGAGCAGUCGCUGGUCAUGUCGGUGUCCGGGCAGCUGGACCGGCGCAACCAGCUGCAAGUGUCCUCCAGCGUGAGCCUGGACCUGGAGAAGGAGCACAUCGACGGCCGGACGGUGGUGGCCACCCUGGCUCCGGUGUCCUCCUUCGGGGUGAACUACAUCCGGCACUUGACCCCGCGGACGAGCGCCGUGGCCACGGUGUCCUUCGGCACCAAGGCCAGCAGCCGGCUGGUGGUGACGCACCGGCUGCGUUUCGGCACGCGGUGCUCCUUCGGCCUGACGGCCACCACCACGCACGGGGCCCUGCUGUUCAUCCCGCUGGCCAACUUCGAGUAUGCCUUCUCCGACCGGUGGACCCUGCUGGGGUCGGUGUACCACCAGGCCACCCUGAGCGCGGUCUACUGCGAUGACACCCCCCCGCCGGGGCACGUGCAGGUGGAUGACCCGGAGAGCCCGGACUUCUUCGAGUCGCAAAGCGUCCGGACCAAGCUCGGCCCGGCGUCGGAGUUCUCGGCCGACCUGACCACCACCGGGCUGUCGGUGUCCUACCGGAACCGGCUGGACUCGCUGUCGGACCGGCCAUCCGCCCGGGCGGACUCCAUCCUCGGCCGGUCGCUGCUGGACAUCGAGCGGUUCUGGCUGCGCGCCAAGGCCAGCCUCACGUCGGACACCGUCAGCAUGACCCUCGGCCUGUCGUACCAGCUGAACCGGUCGUGGCGCUUCUUCACCGGGCUGACCCUGGACGCCAGCCAGGGUGUGCUGACGGAAAUCCGCGCCAGCAGCGAUCGCACGCGGCUGGCCUUCCCCAUCCUGCUGAGCUCCAACCCGCUGUCGGUGAUGGCCAUCUCCCUGGGCGGGCUGCUGCCCAUGGCCUUCGGGUAUCUGCUGAAGCGCUUUGUCAUCGACCCGCAGGCGGCUGCCCUGGCCCGGGAGAAGCUGCGCAAUCACCGGCUUCGCAUCAGCGACUGGACCAAUGCCCAGCGCGUGGCCGCCAUGGGGGCCGUGCGCCUGCUCCAGGCCCAGGCCGAGGAGAAGCGCCGCCAGGAGGCCAGCCACAAGGGUCUGGUCAUCCUGGAGGCGUGGUAUGGGCGUUUCGAGGAUGGAGUCCCUCCGGGGGCUGGGUCCGGUGCCGCGGCUGCCGCUGCCAUGGGCGCCGGCAGCGGGUCGUCUGCCUCUUCCUACCUCGAGCAGCCGCUCACCUUCGACGUGACCAUCCCCCUGCAGUUCCUGGUCACGGCUUCCGAGCUGCACCUUCAGUCCACCAGCAAGGCCGGCCUGUCCGGCUUCUACGACCCCUGCUUCGGCGAGCCGAAGAAGCUCUUCAUCCGGUACCUGUACCGCGAUCGGGAGCACCGCGUGGUCAUCGACGAUGGGCAGUCCCUGUCCCUGCCCAAGCGCAACCACGCCGUCAAGGAGAGUGGCUCCGCCUGA